GGGCUCUCACCAGUCGCGUGGCACUUUUCCCUUGACUUGGCCGGUAGACUGACCUGCUUUUUUACACGCAGUUCAUAUUGGAGCUUAAAACGUGUCUACUACUCAAACGUGCCUCUUUCGCUCCACUCGUGAGAUGUAAAUAAAAAUAUCCUUGAAAAUGAGAGACAAGGCGGAAGCUAAGGAGACUACAUCUCUUAAAAACACGCGAAUUUUCCACGUAACAACUGACUGACAUCUUAGUGGCCAAAAAUGUGAUGACAAAAUGUUCAGAUGGUCAACAAUGCUAUCAGGAGCCUUUUUGGCUCUCUCAAUGGUGCUGUCAUUUAGUAAACUGGUUAUACUGGUGUCAGGUAAUGGAAGUAAUGAAGACCUUACGGAAGCAGACAAAUGGUUGUCUGAAAUAGGCCUCAAAGACUAUCGACCACUAUUUAAACAAAAAGGCAUUUCGAGUUUGGCGAGCUGCGGCGAGGUGGAGGCGUUGCCGGAAUUGCCACCACAAGACGAGGAGCGCCUUCAGAGGGCCGCUCGACUUCUUCAGCAACGACUUGUUUUACGCCAAUGGCUCGCCGAUCAUGGCCUGCACAACUAUUAUCAGAGAUUGAUGCAGAUGGAAGUUGUCUCAUUGGAAGAUGUCUACUGGGUGGAAGACAAUGCGGCACGAGCAGCGCUCGGCAAAGAUUUGCCGCGCUGGAUCCAAGCGAGACAAACGUUGCCCACCUCCAAGGAGGAUCUGGACGUGUUGAAGGCGGAUCUGUGGAGCUCCGUGGUGAAGAACAGUCAGCAUCAGGAUGCCUGGACUUGGGGUGGAAUGCUGGUCGUGUCGGUAUCGGUGGCCGGUUUGGUCACCCUCGCGGCGAUGACUCAACCAGCCCUCGCCCCCGAGGCCAAGCACUCGCUUCUGCAGUACGUGACUGGCAAGUACCUCUUGCCCAGCAAUUGUCGCGUACACUUCGAAUGGGAAGAGCCGCAGCUCGUCGGCGAGACCAUGACUUUUAACGUGAAGUUUUAUCAGAGGAAUGGGCAACCGUAUCCAAUAUGCGACAAGGAUAAUCUAAUCGUCGAAGUGACGGAGGGCACACGUAGAGUAGCGACUCAUAUAGAACUAGGCGGUACGGACCCAAUGGCAGCCAACACGGCGGUCGUCAAGUUCACAGUGCGCCACGCCGGGCAAUACAGAAUCGCCGUGCUCAUUGGCUCCUGCCACGUACACGGCAGCCCGUUCCUCAAGAAUUUUCUCCCGGGUCCGCCUGAUCCAAAUAAAACGGUCUUCGUCCGACACAGCUCGACCGUCGUCUGUACAGCUAGCAUCGCCCAUUCGAUGACGAUCGAGCCACGAGAUGAAUACGACAAUCUGUGCGUUUUCGGAAACAGUGACAAGCCCGUCGAAGGCUACAAUGUAAAUAUAACUCAGAUUGGUACUUCGAAUGGCAAUAGUACUCCGGUCUCGUGCAACGUGCAAUUAGAGUACGACGCGCCUAAUCAGCGAAUUCUUUUGAAAGUCACAUUCCCGAAAGGUGGCUGUUACCAUGCUAAUGUCAGCCUUUACGGGCUGCAACUGCACAACGGUGACUUCGACAUCAUAGUGCUAGAGAGCGCAGUCGCUAGAGCUGUACAUAAUAACGUAGCUUCGAAAGAUCCUGAUAUUUGUUAUGCCGCCAAGUUGUUGAGUUUGCACGGCGAGAGAUUUUCGAAACCGAAGAAGGUGUUUUGUUUUAUCUCGCCCAAGCAGCUCACUAUUAAAGAAUACUUGUUGAAGUUUAUACCAAAGAGACUUGUUACAUUCAGACUUUGCCCAUCGACGAAGUUCCACUUUGAUAGCACUAAUAACCAGCACGAAGGUUACGACUCGUUCACGAUCGAUGACGGAUGCCAGCCUCCUAUUGAAUUGAUUUCCCAUUAUCGUGAUAUCAUCGCGGCUACUUUCACGCUGUUUCUGUUAAAGAACAUCGGCGGUAGCGAAACUUUUGCUGACAAGCAAGACUUCUUCUAUCACGAAGUCAGAAAACAUCAUCAGAAACAUUAUCACGAAAAGUUGACUAUGAAGAUUCAACGGGACAAAUUGUUGGAAUCGUCGAUGAAAACGACAAAAGGAUUUUCCGUUAGUGACUGGUGUCGUAAUUUCGAAAUAACAUUCCAAGGCGAGCAAGGUGUCGAUUGGGGUGGAGUGCGCAGAGAAUGGUUCGAGCUGAUAUGCGCAUCGUUAUUCGAUCCGGGAAACGGCCUCUUUGCAUCCUUUGGAGAAUCUCAACAAGCUCUCGUGCAUCCUAAUAAUAAAAGGCCUUCGCAAUUGAAACUUAAGCAUUUUGAAUUCGCCGGAAGGAUCGUUGGCAAGUGUUUGUAUGAAUCUGCACUUGGAGGUUCUUAUCGCCAACUCGUUCGUGCGAGAUUCACGAGAUCUUUCUUGGCACAAAUUAUCGGCCUCAGAGUACAUUACAAAUAUUUCGAACAAGAUGAUCCUGAUUUGUAUUUAAGCAAAGUCAAAUACAUCCUCGAGAAUGACGUCGAGGAGAUGGAGUUAUUCUUUGUCGAGGAGGAGUACGAUAAAGAUGGUCAAUUAGUUAGAGUCGCCGAAUUAAUACCUGGCGGCAGUAAAAUUCGUGUUACAAAUGAUAUGAAACUUCGAUAUUUAGAUGCCUUAGCACAGCACAGACUAGCUAGUUCGAUUCGUGCUGAAGUUGAGUACUUUUUAAGAGGAUUGAAUGAACUGAUUCCGGACAACCUUCUCGGAAUUUUCGAUGAAAAUGAACUUGAGCUGCUUCUUUGUGGAACUGGUGAAUACAGUGUAGCUGAUCUUAGAGCUCAUCAUAUAGCAAACGGUAGCUCGUCCGAGUUCCUUAAAGUUCUUAACUGGUUCUGGACGGCUGUCAGCAAUUUUACGCAAGAGGAAAUGGCACGACUUCUUCAAUUUACUACUGGCUGUUCACAACUUCCUCCUGGCGGCUUUCAGCAACUCAGUCCUAGAUUCCAAAUCACUGCUGCACCUACUUUUGAGAAUCUUCCUACUGCACACACAUGCUUCAAUCAACUCUGCUUGCCAGACUAUGAGUGUUACGAUCACUUUGAGAAGGCGCUACUGCUGGCCAUUAGCGAAGGAACUGAAGGGUUUGGAAUGAUUUAAGCAAUGGAAAUAUCACCAAUGAAAAAAUAAUAACUUAAAUAUAAUUAGUGCAACUAAAUAACAGGCAUUGACUGUUGAUGACUGUUUCUCUUCGCUCACUAAACGAUUUGAAUACGAAAUAACGAUUCUAGUCCCCUAGUAAUUCUUAUAGCAAAACGAAACAAACGUGCAGAUGGGUAGAUGGUAAAAUAUCCUUUUUUAUACGGCAAAUAACGUUAUCUGUUUUUGAUAAAGAUAUAAGGAAAUUGGACUUCGCGAUCAAACCUAUGCAGUAUAAUUUGAAGACUAUGCGGCUGGAUUAAUAAUCAUUUUGAUGGAAUUUCUACUAAUAAGUGUUUUUUUGUAUGGAUAGUGGGAUCAUUUUGUUUACGUUCUUUAUGGAAAAUACGCUUCAUAUUGACCGUAAGUCAAUAGGACUUUUUUAAUUGUAAGAUUUUCUAUGAUUGCAACUUUUUUAACGCGUGAAAACCAGCCCAUUUCGUGACAAAUAAUAGAAAUCUAACUUUACAUUUUAUUAAUACGCUUUAAAGUUGUAUUUGUAAAUUUAAAAGAGAAACAAACUUGUAGGUUUAAGUAACUCUUGUUGAAUGUUCAUG